ACGAAAACCGGAUGUUGUCGAUUGUUGCCAACCGGACUGGUUUAAGUGACGCACACCCCUGUCAAAGUACCAACAUGGCGUCAGGGUUUAUCCUCAGAAGUGGCGCAUUGACGGUUGGAAUACGCAGCCAACGUUUAAGUUGGAAUGUCACAGCCAUGCAGGUCCGCGGGAUGAAGCGUUGGAUGAGAGCCUACACACAUCUAAUGGCAUUAAAGCUAAAACUUGAAGGUCCUCCACCGCCCAAACCAAGAUCUCAGAAGCCUAAUUGGGAUUAUCACGCUGAGGUUCAGGCUUUCAGCACCCGCCUACAUGAGAACUUUUCCCUGGAGCUACUGAAAACAGCUUUUGUUAAUCCCUGUUACCUGCAGGCGGAACAAAAAAGGAGACAGGAGCUGGGCAUGGACUCAGCAGUCACACCUCUUGCUCUCAAAGAUAACAUUCAUUUGAGUGCAAAGGGAGAAGCCUUCACGAAACGCUUUCUAACUGAUUGGUGCAGGGCCAGCUUCCCCAGCCUGCCAACCGAAGGGGUAGAGAGUAUUGUGGGUCACCUCGCUAGUGUGGCCCUUGUGAGUUACGUAGCCAGAAAUCUUGGCAUCGAGGAUCUAACCUUGAGUUCAGAAUUUCCUGUCCCAGAUGAUGUGCUUCGUUCUACGUUCAUGGCAGUGAUUGAAGCACUGCAUGGAAGCAAUGGAGCAGAGCGGACUGGGUAUUUCCUCAGGGAUUUCCUGGUUUCCCAGCUGAUUGGAAAAGACCUAUUUGAUAUGUGGACCGUGGUUAAUCCUAUGGGACUUCUGGUGGAGGAACUAAAUAAGAGGAAUGUUCCUCUUCCAGAGCCACGCCUCAUCAGGUCUGCUGGGUCCAGCACCGUGUUGCCGCUGUAUUUUGUUGGUUUAUACAGUGAUAAGAAGCUCCUAGCUCAGGGUCCAGGCGAGACACUUGUUGCAGCAGAGGAGGAGGCAGCUCGUGUGGCCUUGCGGAAACUCUAUGGCUACGCUGAGAACCGCAGACCCUUUGACUUUACUCCACAACCACAGCAUGAGCAACCUUUACUUCAGUCAGUCAGCAGCAGUUAAUAAAGCAAGAACAAUCUUACUGCUAUUUGUAGAUGGUGAACGUCUACUCUGUUCAAUAUCGGCCACCAAUUUUUACUUAUUUGGGUCAUUUUCAUUGCCUUGUGAUCUUUAAAUUUCAAUCUAGCUAAAAAAAAAAAUAAAGUUCCAGAUUUUACUUAUAUUUUGGGUGGAUUUGUAAAAUUAGGAGAAGAUGUCAGAAGCUUGGCUUUGUUGCUACAGAAAAACAAUCUUAAAAAACGCUGGGUAUUUACACUGAAUACCCAAUGUACAUAAUAUACAUUUUAAUUGCAACGUUAUAGAUUUAAAUACACCUCACGGUGAUACUUGGACACGUCAUCAGUGAUAAACCCGGGGUCAAAGGGUGUUUCGGGUCUUUAAUCAUCAGACACCCUUGCCCGGGCGACCCAACCGGGAUUGAUCAGACCCCGGCUUGUGUCCAAGUAGCGCACCAUGGAGCCCCCCUACGAAUCCACAGCCACCGGGAGGCCUUUUCUGCGGCCUCAAGGAUGUUCUUGGUGGCUUUCUUUGACUGCAGUCCUCUAACUCCAAGGAGUUUCAACACUCGCUGUAGUGAGUGGCCUGCGAAACCUCUGCAACCAGGGGUACAUAAUAUACAUUUUAAUUGCAACGUUAACAGUUAUGCAUUU